GACAGUACCUAGUGGCACUGAGCAGACACGCCUGCAUACAUUCCCUGGGAAAAGGCAGUUGCAACCAGGUGUGGCAGUGCCAGGGAGAGCCAUUAUUCUGGUGGGGCCAUGGGGCGGGUGCGGCGAUGGACCGGGCGGGCACAGAACAGGUGGGUGCAGGCUGGGUGUCCGGCGCUGGGACACAAGUGCUCUGUGUGUAGGGUGGGCGGAAGUCAGGGCGUUUGAUCUGAAUUCUAAAGGGUGUUGUUCAGCGCCCCACAAAGGUCCCAUUGUACAGACACUGGGUAUAAAGCAGCAUAUGACUCUCUAGCACCGGGAGGCGAUGAAUUGGGACGCAGGCGCGACCACAGGGACCACUCCCCCUACACAGACAUGAGACCAUAGGGGAGCUGUCUGGGUGGCCUCAAGGAUAGGCGCUCCCCGAGGUGUGAAUGAGGCAGGAUGAACUGGACAGGUCUAUACACCUUGCUCAGUGGCGUGAAUCGGCACUCUACAGCCAUUGGCCGAGUAUGGCUGUCUGUCAUCUUCAUCUUCAGAAUCAUGGUGCUGGUGGUGGCUGCUGAGAGCGUGUGGGGGGAUGAGAAGUCCUCUUUCAUCUGUAACACCCUCCAGCCGGGCUGCAACAGCGUCUGCUAUGACCAUUUUUUCCCCAUCUCCCACGUGCGCCUAUGGUCCCUGCAGCUUAUCUUGGUUUCCACCCCAGCUCUCCUCGUGGCAAUGCACGUAGCUCACCAACAGCACAUAGAAAAGAAAAUGCUACGGCUUGAGGGGCAUGGGGACCCCCUUCACCUGGAAGAGGUAAAGAGACACAAGGUGCACAUCUCAGGGACACUGUGGUGGACCUAUGUCAUCAGUGUGGUGUUCCGGCUGCUGUUCGAGGCUGUCUUCAUGUAUGUCUUCUAUCUGCUCUACCCCGGCUAUGCCAUGGUGCGGCUGGUCAAGUGUGAAGCCUUCCCCUGCCCCAACACAGUGGACUGCUUCGUGUCCCGCCCCACCGAGAAAACCGUCUUCACUGUCUUUAUGCUCGCAGCCUCCGGCAUCUGCAUUAUCCUCAACGUGGCGGAGGUGGUGUACCUCAUCAUCCGGGCCUGUGCCCGCCGUGCUCAGCGCCGCUCCAAUCCGCCCUCCCGCAAGGGCUCGGGCUUCGGCCACCGCCUCUCACCUGAAUACAAGCAGAAUGAGAUCAACAAGCUGCUGAGCGAGCAGGAUGGCUCUCUGAAAGACAUACUGCGCCGCAGCCCUGGCACAGGGGCCGGGCUCGCUGAAAAGAGCGACCGAUGCUCAGCCUGCUGAUGCCAGUACCAGGCAACCUCCCAUCCCACCCCUCCCUCACCCUGCCCAGACCUGCCCCUCCUUCUCCUAUGCCGGUGAGCAGGCUUCUGCCUGAUAGGGAUUAUUACUCCAUCAAACCUUCCCUCCCUUCCUACUCCCCUUCCUCAGAGAGCCUUCUGUCAAAGACCUGGCCGGCUGGGGAGUGGGGAGCCACUUCUACAACAGGGCUCAAGGUUAUUAAUGGUGUGGGCAAUUCUUUCUGCCUAUACCCUUUCCUCUUCCCUCUCCCUGAAACGAGGGAUGAGAUGUUCUGAAGGUGUUUCCAAUUAGGAAACUAAUCUUAACCCCCAUGCUGUCUGGUACCCCACUUUGGGAGUCAUGUCGGUGGGGAGGGAUGUGGGCAAGCAGAGUGGAGGAGGGGCUCUGCCUUGUGGAUGGAGAAGGGAUGGGAGCUUGCCUUGCUGCCUGCCACGGGGGAGAAGAGGACACAUCUAGGGUGAGGGAGUUAUGGAGAGAGAAGCAGGCAGAUAAAUCGGAGUGGGGAUUGGUCAGGGCUGCCCCCAGUCCCCAGUUCCCAAGGCCCCUCUCUCUGCAAGUGUUACACAUUAAACAGGAUUUUACAGUAAAUGAA